UAACGCACUAAUUUGUGGGCAUAUGUCUGGUAUGGCUGUGUUCGACAAGUGCUCUGUCCUUUUGGAACUGAAAAACUUGCCAUUUAAGGAAAGGAAGUUCCUGAAACAGUCUGUGAUGGAAAAUGGAGGCAGCCUUUGUUUCGUUGUCACUAAACAAGCGUCCCAACCUUUAGAGGACUACAUGUUGGACAUGUCCUCGUUCGACGCAUUCUUUCACAUGGUUCCUCUCUCCUCAAUUAAGACAAAUCCAUUCAAAGAUCAAGUGAGCGGCGACAUCAUCAAGCCUUCCAGCAAUGAACCCAUCCCCACAGAUAAGAGUGGAAGAGUACCAGACAAGUUCAGGAUUUAUAAGGAACUGGAUGACGAUAUUCCAGCAUAUCCAGAUGACUUCAUUGUGGCCAAGUAUUCCAUCUUUUAUAAGGAUGACAGCAGAACUUUGUGUGUGUUGGAGCUCCAGAGUGCCAAGGGAAAGAAGGGGCAGCACUACCGUGUGAUUCGCUACUGGAAGGACACAGUAGAAAGUGAUAUGGUGGCAUUCCCCUCAACCUCAGAGCAGGCUGUGGAGGUCUAUCAGACAUUAACUGACACCCUGCUGGCUUCGGGUCUGCACCCAAGGACUUCAAUCCCUCUGCAGGAACGAAACCUUGGCUCGCAUGCCCUGCACCAGCGGCUGCUGGAGGAGAAGCUGAAUGCUGGAGCCAUCUCACAAGAUGUGGCUGUCUUUGUGGAGCUGUUGUGGACAGAGGCCCUUGGUUGCCUUGGAAACAUCCUCCGAGUACCUGUUAACAAACUCAGCCUCAUUGAUGUGAGCAGAGCAGAAGGCUUCUUAAUCCAAGCACAGAGGAAACUAAAGGAGGGCAACUAUGAUGGAGCGGUUUCUCUUCUGGUUGAAGUUUACACACUGCUGCCACACAUAACAUCCAAUGUAGCUUGCGAUGCCAAACACAUCUCCCAAAAACUGGAUCUCUGUCAGAUGAUUCGAGACAUCCUGAACGUGAGUGAGAUGACUCUGAGAAGCCCUGCCCCUUCCUGCAUUGGCAAGUUUCGUGCCCUGAGGUGCAGCAUUGAAACUAUUGAGCCCAGCUGCCGCGAAUACCAUAACGUGUUGUCUCUGCUCCAUGAGAGCACCAUGCACAUCCAUCAGGUGCUGCGUGUCAGCAGAGCUGUGGAACUUCAGACCUUGAAGAGCAAGCUGGGCAACAUAAAGUCCCUCCUUCAUUCCUCCAGUGCCAGCAACUUUGUUGGAAUUCUGUCACGUGGUUUGCUGCUACCUUGUGUUGGAGUUGAGCAUCAUGGGAUUGAACGAACAGAUGCUGGGAGUCUUGGAAAUGGCAUAUAUUUCAGCGAUAGCAUAAGCACCUGCUUAAAGUACUCGAAGCCCAGUACUACGGAUGGCUCUCGGCUCCUGCUGGUGUGUGACGUAGCCCUGGGACGCUGCCUGGAUCUUCACCAGAGAGACUCCACAUUAACUCGGGCCCCUGAGGGACACAACAGUGUGCACGCUGUCCGCCGCACGUCCACAAAUCACUCUGAGUUUGAGGAUGAUGAGUACGUGGUGUACAGUCCAGAGCAGGUCAAGCUGAAAUAUGUUGUACGGUUCAGCAUCGAUGGAGACCAACUGAAAGUCUUCAGUCCAGCUGUUGACUCCUCUACUGAAUCUUGUAUGCCCCCUGCUGACUUAGUAUUCUUUCCUGAUGAUGAUAAUGAUGAUGAUGACAUUGGAAGCAUAAAGAACCCAUUGGACAACGUGACUGGAGGACUGCUGGACAACGCAGGCCAGCAGCUUCCCCUGCUGGCCGUGCAUGUAAAGUGCAAGUUGAUGGAUUUGCUCUCUCAUGUUAUCAUCUUCCAAAAGUACACCAAUCGGAGCGAUGUAGCCAUUGAGGCCAAGUAUGUCUUCCCUUUGGAUGAUUACGCAGCCGUGUGUGGUUUUGAGGCCUUCAUUAAUGGGAAACAUGUGGUGGGACAGGUGAAGGAGAAGGAGCAGGCUCAUAAGGAGUACAAGCGGGCUAUAGAGAAGGGCCAUGGAGCCUACCUCAUGGACCAGGAUGCACCAGACGUUUUCACCAUCAAUGUGGGCAACCUGCCAGCAGGCGCCAGUGUACUCAUUAAAGUGACCUUUGUGUCUGAGCUCAUCGUCAAGGAUGGGAGUGUUUUUUUCACCCUGCCUGGUAGUGUUGCACCAUGGCAGGAAAAUGCAGCCUUCAACCAGACUACGCAGGUGACUGUGGACAAAGUAUGUGUGACGGAUAAUGCAACAAGUACAAGAGAGUUCAACCUUGACAUGUCCAUUGAGAUGCCAUAUCAGAUCAGCAGCCUGCAAUGUAUCACACACCAAGUUAAGAUCAAGAGGACCAACUGCAAGGCAGUGGUGAGUGUGCUGCCAGGGCAGGUCAUGACUCCAGAAGGGUUCCAGCUAUCAGUCACCCUGUCAGAAGUUAAUCUUCCCAGGAUGUGGGUGGAAAGACACCCUAACAAGGACAGCCAGGCCUGCAUGUUAGUUUUUUACCCUAACUUUGAGAUGAAACCCAGUUCUGGAGCCAAUGAAGUUGUCAUUUUGCUGGACACUUCUGAGUCCAUGCGUGGAGAGCCUCUUCUCUGGGCACAGAAGAUUGCCCAGCAUGCCAUUAAAAUCCUCAAGGGUGACCUUAAAAUCAACAUCGUCUUGUUUGGCACAGAUCACACACAAGCUUUCUUGACAGCGCAGCCACUUGAAGAAGCUAGACAGACUGCUGAGAACUUCAUAAAGUCCAUUUCGCCAGUCGGAGGCAGCACUGAGCUUUGGCGGCCCCUGCAAGCUCUUCCCCUGCUGCCUCCAUCCAGUGGCAUCCGCAAUCUUUUCCUGCUGUCCGAUGGCCACCUCCAGAAUGCCGAGGUCACCAUGAAGCUGCUCAGGGACAAUGUUGAACAUAGCCGCCUCUUCACAUGUGGCAUCAGCUCCACAGCCAAUAGACACAUGCUGAGAACGCUGGCUCAGGCAGGGUGUGGAGCCUAUGAAUAUUUUGAUGCCAAAAACAAGCACAAGUGGGCAGGGAAGGUGGCAUGUCAGGUGAAGCGCAUGGCCUCUCCUGGCUGCAGUUCUGUUUCAGUCAAGUGGCAGCAAUUCAACCCAUCAGCACCUCCUCCUGUGCAAGCCCCUAAGCAGCUCCAUGCACUCUUCAACGAUUGCCCCACACUGGUCUAUGGCUUCGUGCCACACUGCACACAGGCUACCCUGCUUGGAAACCUUAGCGGCCAGGAGCUUAGAACCAUGGUGUCCACUAAUGAACUGCAGAAGACCAGGGGCACUUUUCUUCACAAGUUGACAGCGAGAGCUCUCAUCAGAGACUAUGAAGAUGGAAACUUGGCUUCCAACGAAGCUGAACAUGAGGGGAUGAAAAGCCAGUUGAAGUCCUUCAUCAUUAACUUGAGCAAAGAGUUCUCCAUCACCAGCUUUGUUGCCAUUGACGAAAGGGAGCCAAUUCAAGCAGAGAACGGCUUUACGGAUAUCCCCAAGUUGUUGGCAGAAGAAGAUGUGGACAUCCUCCCCUACAUCAACUGGACAUUUCCUCAGAGCGGCAUAGAAGAUGAGGAGGAGGAGGAGAAGGAGGAGGAGGACUAUAAUUCAGUGUCUCAAUCAGACUGCAGUCAAUUAGACUUCCGUGUGUCACCAGAGUAUUUUCCCACGAGUCCCAGUCUAGCUCCAUCCCCUUCAGGAGGGUUCGGUCAUAUUACUUGUGCCUUUGAUGCGCUACCAAAGACAAUAUGCUGCAAUUUGAAGCCCAUUUCAGCUGAAUUUGGACCAAUGAAACCCAAAGUUUCCCAUCCUUCGCAUAAUGUUGGGGUUGACCUUUCAACUUCACUUCAAUUUUUUGAUGCUCCUCCACUUUCUGAUGAAACUAGUCCUCCAAAUGUAAAGAAACCAACACCAGUGAGCCUAUCAGUUAUUCCUCCUGCACCACUUCCUGUUAACCAUCCUUUGCCUGGUGUUCCUCCACCUCUUCCCCAGCCUUCCUUUGUUGCUCACCCACUCCCAUAUUAUGGGAGAAGAAGAAUCAUUUCUUCUCCUUCACCUGGCACCCCAUCAUUUGUUCCUCCUCCACCAUCACCUGUUGACUGUCUUUUAUUUGCUCCACCUCCAUCUGUUGCUCAUUCCCUUCCAUAUUUUGUGCAUCCAUCUUCUGCUCUUCCAUCACCACCUCCACCUGACGGCCCAUCAUUCAUUCCUCUUCUACCACCACUACUUCUUGGACAUCCUUUAUCUUGUGCAUAUCCACCUCUUUCUGUUGGCCAUCCAACAUCUGUUGCUUUUCCACCACCAUCCUCAUCUCCACUUGCCAGUGUAUUAUUCGAUGCUUCUCUACCACCAGCUAGCCAUACAUCCGUCACACUUUUUGGAAGUUCAACUCCGUCACUUGGCCUGGCUGCAUCCACGUAUGACAAAAACGGUGGCUCACUGCUCCCACAACAUCAGACACAUGUUAUUUCAGGCCACCUUGGUGGAGAUAUAUGUGAGCAGUUAUCCAAGAGAGUAAUUCGAGGUGAAUCGUUUCGGCUUUCUAAAGCGAACAAGAAAACAAUAUUCCAAGACAAAACUUCAAUCCAGUGUGAAAACAAAGUUGGUUUUUCAUUUCUGGGCCUAGCUGCAAGCAAGGCUGCACUUGCUGAAGUGCAACAAGGAAAUGAUCUCAGAAACAGAAGUUUCAACUUCACUUCAGCCAUGCCAAAAUUUGAAGUAGCUCAUCGCCCUUCUUUGACCACAUUUGGCAGUGCCACCUCUUGCGAGUCAUCCGGCAGUCUCAAUUACGCAAUGCAUAUGUUGAAAUGGUCAAAAAUCUUCUCAAUGCAGACUUCGGAUGGCUACUGGGAGUUGACCACAGAACUGGGCAAAUGCGUCAACAUUGACCUUGAUCUCUUUGCCAAUGUGUUCCUCGAAAGGAAAGGCAUCCGCUCCCUCGGCCUAAAAGCCCGUUCUAACAUUCUGAGGCUCCUGGCAACUCUUCUGGUCCUGCAAUUGAUGCGGUUGGAGAAGCUUCCGGAAGGUGCACUGCUGCGCACACUCUUCUGUCUAGAAGAGACUCCAGUCAGGCCACCCUGCUGGCAGAAUGUGAAGAAGGCGGUUGACUGGGUUCGCUGGGCCGACCGCCUUUACCCGUGCAUCUGCAGCCGUCUGGAGUUCGGUUUCACGUGGGAGUCAGCCACGCGCCAAAUGCUGAGCUAUGGUGGCCUCCCUGCCUUCUCGCCUCUUGCCGGCCUUGAGCUGAGGAGGAACAUAUCCGCCACCGUUCCUCCUGUGCCUGCCACUCCCUGACCCCCAAAUGCGUUCCUUGCAAGCCUGCCCAUCUCCAGAGCUUUCCAACCUGGACACAGCCCAUGAAACCUCCUCACCUCACAGCAAUUACCUGCCUCCAACCAAAUCUCCUGUGAGCACUGUAUCACACUCCUCUCCAGGACCCGGGGACCAUGGGCAUCGCUGCUCAGCUCCUCCUCAUCUUCUUCCUUCAUCCAAUCAGCUCGGCCAACGGCACCACACCAACAUGCAAAAUCAUAUG